AUGACACCGGAUGGCAGCGUGCUCAACAGCCAGGCAGGCCCGCACCGGUGCGACCGCAUCAACCCGAGCACGGACAAGCCCUGCGGUACGGUCUUCUCGCGGCGGCACGAGCUCGCACGGCACGAGGAUACGAUACAUAACGCGUGCAAGCAGAAGGUGCGCUGCGACCUCUGCACCGAGGAGAAGUCGUUCAGCCACCCCGACUCACUCACGCGCCACUACCCGUCUCUGCCACCCGGACGUUGA